AUGGGGCGCCAGUGGACCUUUUUCAACAAAAAGAUCGAGGCUUUCAAGGCUCAGCCUAACGACGGCAGUGCCCCUUCACUGUCGUCAAGAAGGCGACUGCUGGUCUCCAAUUCAGCUCGCAAGCGAGGCGUAAAUGCCAAGAAGGGCGGAUCCGAUGAGGAACCGUCCGCUCUUAAGCUCCAAGAGCCUGAAAACGGUUCUUGCCUCUACAACAACCCUCGUCAAGCUAGCCAAGACAGUGUUGAGCCCACCACUCGGGUCGUGACGAACCAGGUACUGCCAGUGCCUAUAGACAGUUUUAUGCCUAUGAACGAGUUCGCUCGACCCAUCACCACCCUGAAGGAACGUUCCCAAAUUACUCGACUCGUCGAAGGAACUUUACAGAGAUUUGGCAUCCAACCAGACGGGGCUCUCACCCUCUAUGGCGUCCCGUUCCAGUAA